GUGUUGGGUGACGUGGACGUUGCCUUGGCGCUCUUCUUCUUCUUCCUCUUCCUCUUCCUCUUCAUUUUUGUUCUUCUCUACCACCACCCUCACCCUUCUCUUUCUCUCUCCUUCAAUUUCUCGCUCUUGCUUCCUUUGUGAUAGAAAAUAAGCGAUUUUUUAUCUCUCGAUGUUCUAGAGAGAGAAAAUGCAGGGGAUUUGAAGCCGGGGUUUGCCGCCAUUGAAGAAGUUGAAGCUUUGACGAAAUUUCAACGAAUUCUGAAGUUUUAUUUUUUCCUUUUGGUUUGGAUUUUGGACGUGAAGAGGUGGAGAUUUGGAUUUGAGAGUUCAAGUGUGGAGUCUGGACAUUAUAUGUAACAGAUCAAAGAAGUGAUGCACUGAUCAAGAAAGCUCAAAAUAUUUCUUCUCAGUAUCUUUGAAUAAGCCUUGGUGGUCAUUCAUGGGAAACGACGACAACGGAAAAUCUGCCAAAUCUGAGAAAUCAUCUUCACCUCUGACAGCGGAUCAGACAAAUCAUAGUAAUCAGACCAAUAUUCAUGUCUAUCCUGAUUGGGCAGCCAUGCAGGCAUAUUAUGGUCCCAGAGUUGCUCUUCCUCCAUAUUACAACUCAGCUGUGGCUUCUGGCCACGCACCUCAUCCCUAUAUGUGGGGCCCACCACAGCCUAUGAUGCCACCCUAUGGGACACCUUAUGCAGCAAUGUAUUCACAUGGUUAUGCACAUCCGGCAGUUCCUCUUGGAUCACAUGGCCAAGCGGUUCCAUCAUCACCUUCUGCUGCAACUCCUUUGAAUAUGGAAACACCUACAAAGUCAUCUGGUACUACAGACCGAGGGUUAAUGAAAAAGUUGAAAAGAUUUGAUGCGCUUGCAAUGUCAAUAGGCAAUAGCAAUGUUGGGGAUGCUGAGGGUGGAGCUGAACAUAGUGUCUCCCAGAGUUUGGGGACAGAAGGUUCUAGCGAGGGAAGUGACGGGAAUACCACUGGGGAAAAUCAAACCAGAAGAAAAAGAAGUCGUGAGAGAACACCAGCCACUGCUGGAGAUGGGAAGACUGACAUGCAGCCCAGUCCAGUUUCUGCUAAGGAGGUAAAUGCAGCUUGUGAUAAAGUGUUGGGUGCAACUGUUGCUGCUCCUAGUGUCCCGGGAAAAUUGGUUGGACCAGUAGUUUCUCCUGGUAUGACCAUGGCGUUGGAAUUCAAGAACUCACCUAACUUGAACUCAAAGUCGAGCUCUACUAGUGUUCCACAAUCCUGUGCAGUUUUGCCUCCAGAAGCCUGGAUGCAUAACGAACGGGAGCUAAAAAGGGAGAGGAGGAAACAGUCUAAUCGGGAAUCUGCUAGAAGGUCCAGGUUGAGGAAGCAGGCUGAGACUGAGGAACUUGCACGAAAAGUCGACGCCUUAUCUGCGGAGAAUGUGGCACUUAAAUCUGAAAUAAGUCGAUUGACUGAGAAUUCUAGCACACUGAAGCUAGAAAAUGCUACAUUAAUGGAUAAACUGACAAAUACACGCGUAGGACGAAUGGAAGAGAUUAUGAUGAACAUUGAUGAUAAGAGGGUCCAACCUUUUAGUACUGAGAACCUACUGUCGAGAGUUAAUAACUCGGGUUCCAUUGCUAGGGAUGCUGAGAAAGAGGGUGACAUGUAUGAGAAAAACUCGGGGGCUAAGCUGCAUCAACUCCUGGAUGCGAGUCCCAGGGCUGAUGCAGUUGCUGCUGGCUGAUCAAUCGACUGGCAUACGUGCAGUUUCUUUAAUUCUGUAGUUUUGGCAUAUUACAAGCCCAAAAUUACUGCUAACAGUAAGCAGGAGAAAUGUGACAGCUGAACAGGAUUGUUACCAUGGUGAAAGCUGAGGCCCCUAAUUGUUAUUUGUGAUUGGUUAUCUCAUUGCAGAACUAAUGGUUUUUUCCCCCCCUUUUUUCUCGAGUAAAAGACUAGAGUUCAGAUGUGCUGGAAUGGCCACUGAAGGGUGAUGAUGUACAAUGAAGAGUUAAGAGAUUUAGAAUAGAAAAACCUUCAUAUAUGCUAUGAGUGUGGUGUAUAAUUCAGUUACCAGUGAUGUGAUGACUAUGCAAUUUGAAUGAGCAUACAUGUAUGUUUUUUUAUUAAUAAUUA